AUGCCCUUUGAGGAGAUCCCAAAUGACGAGCAAAAUCAACAUGAGCCCCAUUCAGACGGUUCUUCAAUCUCGUCCGGAUCAAUUUCACGCGUUUACUCGUUUUCAUCGCAAAAUAACGGCAACAGCGACAGCGAACAUGCCCGUCACGAACACAUAAUCAUCGAAAAUCAGCUAAAUAUGGAGAAUUUGCAGCGUGGCAUCGAGCGCAACAGAGAUCUCGUCGAAUAUCAGGGUCCCGUCACCUACAGUCCCAUCGUAAUUCCCGCUGAACCGAGUUUGGACGAGCUUUUGCGACAAGUUUCGGGCACCGAGGCAUUAAAUACCGUCACGGAGAUCAAAUUACGCGUCAUUUCUCACAUGAUUAGUCUUCAGCGCAUUCCCAUGUUUUGUCCAAAUAUCAAAAUUCUCAAUCUCGAGGGGUCUGUCGUUGGGUCCUUGCGCGAUUUGGGCACCGAUAUGCGAACUUUGCUUCAUUUAAAUGUCUCGCGAUGCGGUUUGAGGACACUGGAUGGCACAAAUGGUUUGGUAAAGUUGGAAGAACUUGUCGCGGAUAACAAUGAAAUUGAAGAUGCCAAUCCAGUAACGAAUUUACCGUCAAUUAAAAAACUCAGUUUGAAAGGGAACAAAAUAACAAAAGUAGCGUCUGUGUCAUUUUUGGCGCUUUGUCACACACUGACGAUGUUGGAUUUGAACGACAAUUUGAUCACGGAGACGAAAGAUUAUCGGAAAGCGGUGAAACGGAGCAUUCCGCAGUUGGUUGUUUUGGAUGGAAUUCCGUUGGAAGGCGCAGUACCGAAUGUUGUGGCAGCGGGAAAUUCAUUGUCGAGCUCGGAUUACAAAUCGAGUUCGAGUGAGGAGCAGCCAAAGUUUGAAUGGAAGCCAGAAGAUGAUCGUGGAGUGGAUUGGAUACGAAAUGAUCGGCCGGGAACAGCUUUUGUGGGACGUCAGAUUACGCGAACGACGAAUGAGAGACCUUCCACGGCGGAACAAACCAAACAACGUUCUCUCGUAUCAGGUGAGCCCUUAGUCGGCAACAUCCUCCAGCAAGUACGUCGAAAUCGUAAAAAGAAGCAAGCAUGGGCUGAUUCCUCCUCAAGCAUCAGUUCAACAGAAAUUUCCGAAGGAAGUGCAAGAACUGACUUUCCUUCGCGACUCGAACAGAAUCCCGUGGAUUUAGAACUUGGUCUCGUUGGCUCGGAAGAAGCCAUGGAUUUGUCUGACGAGAACAUUUUGGAAGCUGCUCGUGUUUGGCGACGUCAAAGUGCACAACGACGCGAACGAAUAAGAACCGCUGACAAAGCACGAAAUUUGGACCAACUUUUUAGAGACGAUUAAAAGUCUUAAAAUUUGAAUUUUAAAUUAUUAAAAAAAUU